AUGGUCAUCAACGUUUUGCUGCGCAUGCUCGACUACGACCCAUCGUGGGGAGGCAUAGAUGCUAUUGACCGCCACAUACCGCUGCGGCAGGACAUGCCGCGCUACACGGCUGAAAAAGGCUCACUGAAACGUGGAACACUCUGCAUCCGUCUUAGUCAUCACGUUUGGCUGCGCAUUAAGGCGCAUGAAUCGGCGUCGUUACGGCUCGACUACGACCAUCGUGGGGCGACAUCGUACAUAGUCAUGUCUAUUGCGACCCCGCCGACAAACACUCCACAGCUCAUAUUCCUGAAUGUCGGUGCGGCCCCCUACUGGAAGGACAGCAGUAUGAAAACACUGUCAAACUGUGCGGAGGAAUUUCGAGAAGGGAAUACGGAAGAAGACUGCAGAGAUAUCUGUAGCGCUGAAAUCGAUGGUGGGCACCAAACUAACGUGUCUGAUUGGUGGGAGGAGUUUGUUUACCUGCGUGGACGUUCGCCGAUCGUGGUGAACUCUAACUUCUACGGGCUGGACGUCAUGGAGAAGCCGACGCACAUACAGGCGGCGCGCGCGGCCAACAGCGUGCGCGCGUUGUUCCAGUUCCGCCGCAUGAUCUCGCAGCAGACCUUGAAGCCAGUCAUCGUGCAGAACGUUGUGCCGCUCUGCUCGGGACAGUUUGAGAGGCUGUUCAACACGACGAGGAUACCGGGGCUCGAGACGGAUCACGUGAUGCACCUUCGCGACAGCACGCACAUAGCCGUCUACCACAGAGGGCGAUUCUUCCGUCUUCCCUGCUACAGGAGAAACAGAUUGCUCAACUCAGCUGAACUGGAAGUGCUGUUCACGCGGAUAAUCGAAGAUACUUCGAAGCCGUGCAAGGGUGAGGAGGAUCUAGCAGCGCUGACAGCCGGAGAGAGUUGGAGCGGAGCUCGACAGAUGUACUUCUACAAGGGAAUGAAUAAAACUGCCCUCGAUGCAAUAGAAAAGGCUGCGUUCUUUGUUACCUUACUCGAUAAGGAACUAGACUACAGUAUGGAAGACAUGUCACAGCUGGACGAGUUUGCGCAGACAGUACUGACGGGCGACGGAUGCAAGAUGUGGUUCGACAAGAGCUUCAACUACGUCGUCUUGAAGAACGCCCGCGUCGGCCUCAACGUCGAACAUUCCUGGGCAGAUUCACCGAUUUUUUCCUUCACGUGGGAGCAUAUAAGCGACCUGGAUUCAGGCGGAUACAAGGAGGAUGGACAUUGCAAGGGAGAGGUAUCCAACGACCUACCUCAAUUGACCAGACUGAAAUGGGAUGUGCCAGACGAGUGCAUCACGAUCAUCGAGCAACAGAAGCAGCUGGCAGCCAGCAUCUGCGCAGAUGUGGACCUGCGGCUGCGCAUCUUCGGACCCCAGCCCAACGAGUACGGCAAAGGCUUCAUCAAGAAGUGCAAAAUUAGUCCUGAUGCCUACAUACAGAUGGCGCUGCAGCUGGCUUAUUACAGAGAUUCUGGCAAGUUUCACCUGACCUACGAGGCGUCCAUGACGCGGCUGUUCAGGGAAGGCAGGACGGAAACGGUGCGACCGGUGUCUUCGGAAUCCUGCGCGUUCGUGAGAGCGAUGGACGACCCCAGCAAGACGAACGAGGAGCGGGUCAAGCUACUGAAGGCUGCCACAGAACGUCACGUCACUACCUACCGCGACGCCAUGACGGGCAAGGGCGUCGACAGACACCUGUUCUGCCUCUACGUCGUCUCACGCUACCUAGAGGUCGACUCUCCGUUCUUACAGGAGGUGCUCGGUGAACCGUGGAGACUUUCAACUAGUCAGACGCCGCAUAAUCAGACGGACCUGUGGAAAAAGCAGGUCGUCGAGCAGAUCUGUCCCGGCGGGGGGUUCGGACCGGUCGCCGACGACGGAUAUGGCGUUUCCUACAUCAUCGCCAGCGAGAACAUGCUCUUCUUCCACGUCUCCAGCAAGAAGUCGUCUCCCACGACCGACUCGACCCGCUUCAGCGACAACAUUGGACGCGCUCUAACGGACCUGCGAACCCUAUUCCAAAACGUGCAAGUUGAUGACAAGCAAUCAGCUGGCACCUCACAGUCAAAGAAGGACAAGUGAAGAAUAGGUGAAACCGUCUCUCGUAUGUAAGGCGGACGGGAGCAAAAUAUUAUGAGCAAUGCAAGAUGAGAAGAAGCAGGGAGAUGUGCAGGAAGAAAGGGAAGAUGAGGAGGAGAGAGGGAGGAUGAGGAUGAGGAGGAUGAGAAGAACGAUGUGGGGAAAUGGGAAGCUGGCAGGGCGGGAUAGACGUGUGUGUGAUUAGCCACAUCAGCGAUGUCACACACUUCUCGUAAGCGCACAUCCGUAAUCAGUCGAGACCAGUAGAUCCCCGGUUGUCUGACGCGGGUGCAAGGUUGUCAAUUGUGCCUGACUGGGCCUUGCUAAGCUGCUUAUAACUGUGUUGUCAUGCGUGGCAUGCCCUGUAACUGUGAUGCAACUGGAGAGGAUGACUUGGUUUAUGUUAUGUUUUAAACUGUUACCGUUAUUUGCAGAGCAGAUCGUAUGGAAGUGAUGGGUGUCGGGAGUGAACACGAGGCAGAUUAAACGGUGGGGAAUGGAUGAAUGAUGUAGCUAGGCAGAUUUAUGACGUGUGAGUGAUCACACUGAAAGAACCGCAGUUUGAUAGGCUUGGCAUGCUUGCUGUCCUCGGAUAGAUAGUUAUACCUAUUAUAAUUUAGCAUAUUUACGAAUGCAGUGAGACAGGUUAAUGUGAGGUGGUCGCUCUAUGCACGGUGUCCUCAGCACAGCAGGUAAAUCUACCAUGCGUCGUAUCCUCAGUAAAUGUUUUGAGUGAAGCAUUUUGACAUUUUACACACGUACGUGGUCGUUGAUUUGUAUACGUACGUGACAGUGUGGUGCAUAGCAACUGCAUCUAUCAAUGUGUAGCAUCAAAAAAUAUAUAUCCUUUGCUAUCCUAAUGGUCAACGUUCUACUUUGUUUCGUGCGUAGUCAAAAGUCUAAACAUUUUAUGAAAAAGGCCGGGUCUAGUGACUUCUCCCAAAACUGCCUAACCAUUUUACACACUGCCAGGCACGAGAUCUCGUAAGGGCUUCUUACCAGAUGUCUACACAACACUGAGGCAGUCUCGUCUUUUUUUGUUCUUCCAAUUGCUUCGCAAUCGAAUAAUCGACAUACAACGAAUGUCUCCACCAUUCGCUCGCAUUCACCUGUUUCGUGGUGUAACUGUCUGGUAUCCCUGCGCCCUGAAGCCGGCUAUAGUAUUUGCAAACUUGCUGCAGAAUGCAAUUGAGUGGUUAACUUAAUUAAUUAAGUUAAUUAAGUUACUUUCUGAAUGUUAAACUGGUUCACACGUUUGUUAGGUUAACGAUGAACGUUAGCUUGGAUUUUCUUCAUUAAUAAUUACUUUACGCACCUUUGAGUGCAGGAUAACGGAAAUACGUGCGUUUUGUGUUCGUACUGUAUACAUACGAAGGCAGGAUGGUCGUUACGUUUUUAAUGUUGUUGUUUUGUGUGAUCCGUCAUUGAAUCUUUAAAGAAAAUUAUUUCUUAUAUUGAAAAACACUAACUUGCAUCAAAGUAAUUGGUAGUAAUUAAGUGGCGCACUCGCAGGUGAAUAGAAACAAGUUUACUGUGAUGUAUUGUUGCAUUUAUUGUGUUGAUUAUAUUAUACAUUUCUUCUCGUUUGUUGUGUUUUACAGUAAAACGGUGAAUCGACGGUUAUAUUCGAACGUGUUCCAACAGAAUUUAAUCAUUCAGUGCACUGGUGUGAAAUGUUACCACUGUCAUAUAACAUGUUAUCGGAUGACGUAGUUAGGCAUAAGUUAUCACAAGUCAUGUACGUAUGUGCUGGCUAUCGUUAGCAUAACAUAUAUCAUAUAUGCCUAGUUGAGGUUACAUUUAACUCGUGAUAAAUGCACAUUUCGAAUAUGAAGACAUAUUUGCUGCCUUAUAUGUCUACAUCUACUCUCGUAGGAUGUUCAGCUAAUAGAAAGCACAGGUUCCUUAUAAAAGUUAGCCAGUACAAAUACCCAUGUUCUAUAUGCAGACCUUCCAAAUACAUAUGCUCUAUAUAACUUAUCUGUUCUUGUCUAAUAUUUUUUUAGUUUGCAGCUUCUGGCAAUUUAAUAGUUGUUGCAACGUGUUGCAUUUAUUAAACUUUGUAAAUGUUCUGCUAGAAAUAAAUUUUAUGCAUUUUUACGUAUCCGCA